CCUAUUAUUAUUUGUAUGUAGGUGUAGUAAGUAACGAUGUGGAUAGUGAUACUUCUGCUAGUUGCUUUGGCGUGUUGCACUGCGUGGUGGGUGAUCACCAACAAAGAUGAACCACCGGCGUAUCCUGGCUACCUGCCUCUGAUAGGGCACGCUCAUCUACUCAUUGGAGACACUAUAAUUGUAGCCGACCCGAACGACUUCUUGAAAGUUGCUAACACAUGCUUCCAAAAGGACGAGAUCUACGAAUACGCGAAGCCCUGGGUGGGCAAUGGACUGGCCACUAGUGAUGCAUUAUUAUGGAAAGCCCAUCGGAAAAUGUUGAACCCGGCGUUCAACCCAGCAGUACUGGAUGGGUUCAUGGAAAUGUUCAACAGUCAAGCUCGGCGACUGGUGAAGUCUCUGGAGGUAGAGGCAGGGAGAGGACCGUUCGAUCACUGGGCUUACAGUCGAAGUAAUGCUCUGGAAACUAUAUGUUUCGGAGCUUUAGGAAUGGACUUUAGAGACAAAAAGGAACUCUUUGACGAAUACGCCAAUGCCACAGAAGAGCUUUUCAGUAUCUUUUCGAAAAGGUUCCUGAUGAUCUGGUUGCACAGCGACUUCAUGUACAACCGGUCCGAGUUGAAGAAGAGACAAGACAAGUUGCUGACAAUCGUGCACAAUAUGUCAAACGAUAUUCUAAAAAAGAAGAAAGCAGAUCUCUUGAAUUGUGAUAAUGUGGAAGACAAGAAAAAAGGAAAAGAAACAAUAUUCAAACCAUUCUUGGAUCUCAUCCUAGAACUGUCAAAGGAAAGAGGAACAUUCAACGAUGAGGAGAUUCGAGAACACGUCGAUACCAUAAUUAUGGCUGGUUAUGAUGCUUCAGCCAUCGUGGUUACGUAUGUUUUAGUGCUGGUUGGAUCCUACCCUCACAUCCAGGAGAAAGUUUGUGAAGAGUUACACGAAGUUUUUGGAGACGAAGAUAGAGAUGUGACAAAACAAGAUCUAUCAAAGCUGGUGUAUAUAGAUGCUGUAUUCAAAGAAACCAUGCGGUUUUAUCCGGUAGCGCCCGUUGUAGCAAGACAUCUCGACAAAGACAUCAAACUACGAAAUUGCACUCUCUCGAAAGGUAGGACAUGUUUUAUGUCCAUUUAUGGAGUCCAUAGACAUCCCGUGUGGGGUCUAGAUGCAGAAGAAUUUAAGCCCGAGCGUUGGCUGGACCCCGCAACUCUGCCAGAUGUCCCCAACGCGUUCGCAGGGUUCAGCAUGGGAAGAAGGAAUUGCAUAGGUCAAGCUUACGCCGGGAUGUCAAUACGGAUUAUUCUGAGCCACAUUUUCCGCAAUUACAAGGUCUAUGGCGACCACACCAAGAUGGUGGCAAAAAUCGACGUUUUGCUAAAGCCUGUAUCGGGGUACCAUGUACAAAUUAAAAAGAGAAAUAAAUAAUUACUUGACGCUGGUGUUCAGUUUUUUAACUU